AAGGGAGACUUCAAAAUGGGCUGGUGUGUUUCAUGACUCACUAGCUAGUGCUGCAGUUCAGCUGAAUCUGACACUACUGUUAUGUUCCCUCCCUCCUGCAAAUCCAAGCCUCCUCCUCGUCUUAAUUCCCUUCCUUUCUCCUUCCACUCUCUGGAAACUCAGGGACACAGCGGAAACUUAAUAAUAAUUGCAAACUAGGUGAUAAUUGUCACCCUCUGAUUCCUGGGCUCCCUCUCUUUUUUCCUUACAUUUGUCCUCGAGUCUUAGUAAAUGGUAACUACAAUCCUUGCAAGAUGAAAUUAGCUUACUUUUUCCCAGCCUUCCUACUUCAGGGCUGCUUUCUUUUGAGAACAGUUCUUGCUCAAGCAACAGCCGUCUCCAAUGGUGCAGUAACAUUUCAAGAUUGUCCUGUGGAUCUGUUUUUCGUCUUGGAUACCUCUGAGAGUGUUGCCUUAAGAGAAAAGCCUUUUGGUGCCUUGGUGGAUCAAGUUAAAGAAUUCACCAACCGAUUCCUUGAUAAGUUAACUGACAGAUACUAUCGAUGUGACCGGAAUCUUGUGUGGAAUGCAGGAGCCUUGCAUUACAGCGAUGAAGUGCAGCUGAUCAAGGCGCUCAGCCGGAUGCCUGCAGGGAGAACAGACCUGAAGAACAGGGUGUCCUCUGUGGUUUCUAUUGGGAAAGGAACCUACACAGACUGUGCCAUCAAAAGAGGGAUUGAAGAGCUGCUCAUCGGAGGAUCUCAUAAGCAUGAGAAUAAAUACCUGAUUGUGGUGACAGAUGGACACCCCUUGGAAGGCUACAAAGAGCCCUGUGGUGGAUUGGAAGAUGCUGCAGCUGAAGCGAAACAUCUGGGGAUCAAAGUGUUCUCCAUUGCCAUAUCUCCAGACCAUCUGGAAUCUCGGCUGGGUGUGAUUGCCACAGACCAUUCCUAUCGUGAGAAUUUCACAGCAACUGGACGUCAAGCACGUGAUAUUGACAGCACAAUUGACAAAAUCACUGCUAGAAUUACAGAGACAGUGGAGCAAGAGUGCUGCUCAUAUGAAUGCCAGCCUGCUCGAGGCCCCCCGGGAUCAUUAGGGGACCCAGGAUAUGAGGGAGAAAGGGGGAAACCUGGCCUUCCUGGUGAAAAAGGAGAUGCUGGAGAACCUGGGAAGCAAGGUGACCCAGGGCCCAUUGGUUACCAAGGCAUGAAGGGAGAAAAAGGUACCCGAGGUGACAAGGGCUCAAGAGGUGCAAAAGGAGCUAAGGGGGAGAAAGGCAGGCGUGGCAUCGAUGGUUUAGAUGGCAAGAAGGGUGAACAAGGAUUUCAUGGGUUACCAGGAUGCAAAGGAUCCCCAGGAUUUGAUGGCUUACAAGGACCUCCUGGGCCAAAAGGGGAUCUAGGUCCUUAUGGACCCAAAGGAAGAAAGGGAGAGCCUGGGCUUGGUGGAAGACCAGGUAGGACAGGAAACUCUGGAAGUCCUGGAGAUAAGGGACCGCCUGGAGAGUCCGGAAAUCCUGGAGAGAAAGGAGAAUUGGGAGAUGAGGGAAAUCCUGGCCCAGAUGGCCCCACGGGAGACAGGGGUGCAAAUGGAGAAAGAGGGCCUCUAGGUAAUCCUGGUAACCGUGGACCAAGAGGAGAAAAGGGUGACCCAGGGGCACAGGGUGACCAAGGCCGCGAAGGACCUUUUGGACCACCUGGAGAGCCAGGUGAAGCAGGCCCAGCUGGUCCGAAAGGGUACAGAGGAGAUGAAGGCUCUUCUGGGCCAGAGGGUCCUAAAGGACUGCCUGGCCCACCUGGAUUACCUGGAGAAACUGGCUUGAUGGGUGACAGGGGAGAAGAUGGCCGAGCAGGAAAUGGCACAGAUGGUUUCCCCGGUUUCCCGGGAUAUCCUGGCAACAGGGGUGAUCCUGGGGCUAAUGGUACCAAAGGCUAUCCUGGUCCCAAAGGCGAUGAAGGAGAGAUCGGAGACCCAGGGCUGGAAAGCAAUGCAACUGGGACCCGAGGCAUGAAAGGAGCCAAAGGCUACAGAGGACCAGAAGGGCCCCCAGGACCCACAGGACCCAGAGGCCCUCCAGGACCAGAUGAAUGUGAAAUUUUGGAUAUCAUCAUGAAAAUGUGCUCUUGCUGUGAAUGCAAGUGUCUUCCUGGUGAUGUUCUCUUUGUACUGGACAGUUCAGAGAGCAUUGGCCUGCAGAACUUCCAGAUUGCUAAGGAUUUCAUUGUCAAGGUCAUUGACAGGCUUAUCAAAGAUGAAAAAGUGACGUUUAGACAAGGGGAGACCAACAUUGGUGUCGUGCAGUACAGCCAUGACAACACCCAGGAAUUGGUGGCCUUGGGAGACAGCAACAUUGAUAACAUUGGAGCCUUCAAGGAAGCUGUGAAGAACCUGCACUGGAUUGCUGGUGGCACAUAUACUGGGGAGGCCCUUCAGUUCACCAAGGAUAACUUGCUGCGGCGCUUUCCCUCUGAGAAAAGAGUGGUCAUAGUCAUCACAGACGGACGGUCCGAUGUACUUCGGGACCAAACACCACUCAACGUUCUCUGUGAAAGCAAGACCCAGGUGGUUCCCCUGGGUAUCGGUGAUAUUUCCAACAAACCAGCAAACACUGAGCAAUUAUCAACUAUUUCCUGUGGGGGCAUCUCUGUUUAUCAAGAAAACUUUGCUUUGCUGCUGGAUGACAAUUUCCUGCAGAAUGUUACCUCUCAGAUCUGUAAAGAAAAGAAAUGCCCAGACUACACUUGCCCAAUCUCUUUUGCUGGUCCAGCUGAUCUCACACUCCUUGUGGAUAGUUCCACCAGUGUUGGGAGCCGCAACUUCAACACCACCAAGACGUUUGUGAAGCGCCUUUCAGAACGAUUCCUGACAGCAGCCAAGCCUUCGGAGGAUGCCGUGCGCAUUUCUGUUGUCCAGUACAGCGGCAAAGGCCAGCAGAAAGCGGAGGUGCGGUUUGAGCAAAACUAUACGGUGGUUGCUAAUGCUAUUGACAGCAUGGAAUUCAUGAAUGACGCCACAGACGUGAACGCAGCCCUCCGCUUUGUCACUAGUCUCUACCGGCAGGCCUCCCGUUCUGGAGCUAAGAAGAGAGUCCUGAUUUUCUCUGACGGCAACUCUCAAGGCAUCACCAGCAGCGCCAUUGAGAAGGCAGUUCAAGAGGCUCGACAGGCAGGCCUUGAAAUUUAUGUACUAGCGGUUGGCACUCAAGUCAAUGAGCCCAAUGUGCGUGUUCUUGUCACUGGGAAAGCGGCAGAGUACGAUGUGGCCUAUGGAGAGAGGCACCUUUUCAGAGUGCCGGAUUACCAGGCUCUGCUGAGGGGAGUGUUCUAUCAAACUGUCUCCAGAAAAAUAUCUGUAGACUGAGGAGGUGGGAGUGGAAGAGCAGAAUAUAUAGAUUCUAAGUGUUCAGAAAUAAAAUGUUAGCAGCCAACUGGACCCAUGUUUUUUAUACAAAGCCAUAGCCCACCCAUGUCCUUACUUUUGAGCUGUGUUUUCUUUGUUGUCCAUUAAUUCUACCAGCCUGAAGGGAAAAGCGUAGGAUGAUUUAUUUCCCCCCCUAGUUGAUAUCUCUCUUAACUGUAACUGAAAUGACUAUUUUUGUACCAAAUUUGAUGAAGGUAAGCCGGGUUCAUAAAGAACCUUAAAUGCACUAACCUUAUUUCUAAGGUUGAUAGCACAUUUCAUGUGAAUAUUAGGGUCCUCUGUCUCAAAAGAGAAGGAUCCCCUAUAUUUCAUUGCUAAACUAAUUUGUUAAAUUUGUCUGUUCUUUUAUUUUUAUGUCAAGAAACAUGUUGAGUAGUGAUUACUGUUUAGGCUACUUAGCUCCUGAAAGAUUACAUUGUCUUCAAAAAUAUAAGUUUCAUUUCAUUGUAUACUUACUGCUUUCCAUGACAACUAUGGAAAGUGCUUUUAAAAAAUAAUGGAUUUAAAAUAAACUUUAUUUCUUGUUAAAACAAUCACAAUAAGCCAAACACACAACAUCCGUAAUUCACAACAAAUCCGGUCCAGUGAAAUCUUUUCAAAAUCAUAACAAAACAAAACAAAUCAUGCAAUUCAAAUCAAAUCAUAACAAAUCAGACAGAAUCAGACAAAUCAGCACAUACACAUAUCAAAAUUCAUUCAUUCAUUCAUUCAUAUCAAAAAGAAAAAGAAAAAAACACAAAAACAAAACAAAAAUUAAGAAUCCUCCCAAAGUGCUAAAAUUGUAACUUGAGUCAUACAGUCAAGUUCAGAGUAGGUUUUUUUGACAGAAGGAUUCAACCCAAGAGUAUCUACUCAAACUAGAGGACGGGGUGAAGGAAGCUGAUGUUGUGCAUACAUGAUGAAAUUGAGGCCUCAUCCACAUUGCUGUUUGUCCUGUGAUUCCUAGGCACGGAUCCAAGAGGUUUUUCUUUCGUCCUACUGCCUUCCAUGGGAAAAGCCCCAGUUUACUGCUGAAUCAGAACAAACGUGAACCAGACUUUCUGAAGAUAUAUGUUUGUUCCGAUUCAGCAGUAAGCAGUAGGUUUCCACAGGGAACUGGCGGGAUAAAAGGAGAACCACUUGGAGCUGUACCUAGAAAUUAUGAGACAAGCAGAAGAAAUUGUGGGUGAGCCCUGAGAUUCGCAAAAGUGAUAUUCCAGUUUAAACCAAACCCAAAAGCCUAUGCUGUGAGUUUGGGCCUUUUGGCUUUGGGGGGCCCAUCUCCAGCCAGCAUGAAGUCCAUGUGGGUGCUAUCUCUGCCAUGCCUCAAAGCCUGAGGUUUGACAUUGUUCCUAUGUUUACACAUUAACUCAUGAAAGAGACAUUGAAGUUAGGAAUUGGUUUGGACAGAUUUCGUCCAGUGUUUCCAAUGGUGCUCUUGCUAUGAUUUCAGUAUCCUUUAUUUUCAAAAAAGGAAAUUGUUUUUAACACUGCGCCUUUUAUUGUUUUUUUUAACCAAUAUUCAUUUUACCACUUCAUUUUAUUUUAUUCCUGUGAUUUACUGACAGAUGUUCACUUUGAAAAUUUGGUCAAAUAAAUUGUUUUCCACAGUU